AAGCUCAUUCCCAUGGCUGCAGGAAACUGGACAAGAGUAACUGAGUUUAUCCUCAUGAGCUUCUCUUCCCUGCCUACUGAAAUACAGACCUUGCUCUUCCUGGCCUUUCUAGCCAUCUACCUGGUCACUCUUUUGGGAAACAGCCUCAUCAUUCUGGUGACUUUGGCUGACCCCAUGCUGCAAAGCCCCAUGUAUUUCUUUCUCAGGAACUUAUCCUUCUUAGAGAUUGGCUUCAACCUGGUCAUUGUACCCAAAAUGUUGGGGACCCUGAUCGCCCAGGACACAAGCAUCUCCUUCCUUGGCUGUGCCACUCAGAUGUAUUUCUUCUUCUUCUUCGGAGUAGCUGAAUGCUUCCUCCUCGCCACCAUGGCGUAUGACCGCUAUGUGGCCAUCUGCAGUCCCUUGCAUUACCCAGUCAUCAUGAACCAAGAGACACGUGCCAGAUUGGCUGCUGCCUCCUGGUUUCCAGGAUUUCCUGUAGCCACUGUGCAGACCAUAUGGCUCUUCAGCUUUCCAUUCUGUGCCAACAACAAGGUGAACCACUUCUUCUGUGACAGCCCCCCUGUGCUGAGGCUGGUCUGUGCAGACACAGCGCGGUUUGAGGUCUAUGCCAUUGUCGGGACCAUACUGGUCGUCAUGAUACCCUGCCUGCUGAUCCUGUGUUCCUACACUCUCAUUGCAGCUUCCAUCCUCAAGAUUCCAUCAGCUAAAGGGAAGCACAAAGCCUUCUCCACCUGCUCCUCACAUCUCCUUGUUGUCUCUCUUUUCUAUGUGUCUUCGAGCCUCACUUACUUUAGGCCGAAAUCAAAUAAUUCUCCUGAAAGCAAGAAAUUGUUAUCAUUGUCUUACACUGUUGUGACUCCCAUGUUGAACCCCAUCAUCUAUAGCCUGAGAAAUAAUGAGGUGAAAAAUGCCCUCAGCAGGACCCUCCACAAGGCCCUGACCCUCAGAAACCAUGUCACAUAA